AUGACAAUAACGAAAGAAUACUUGGUAUCGCUGUGGGAACCCCUCUCUGCGGACGACGACCGGUUGCAAAAUCUCAUCAAAUAUGUACCGUUGGAGUUCAUCGACCCCGCAUCUUACGACCGAGAACUCCUUUGCCGAGAUUGCGAAGAAGUCGUUUUCUUCUAUGCGGGCAGUGAGAUUUGGAAUACAAAGGACAGUAAUGGUCUGAUGGAGCGCCGAAACGGUCUGAUGGUGCUCCCAAAGGACAUUUCAGUGACGGUCUAUAAAGGUUAUUUCUCCGUCAACUGA